AUACAACAUAAACAAAUUUUGAGAUAUUUGUAUCUAAAAUGUCUAUCAACUGAGUUUCUAAUGAUUUUUUAUAAAUAAUGAACUCAUCAUUGAAAAGUAUGGCCUGGCCAAAGUCUAUAGCUGUGGCUAUUUUCUUACUACUGAUAUUGGUGACUGUAAUUGGAAAUAUGCUUGUUAUAUUAGCUGUUUUAACCACCAGAAGACUGCGUACCGUUACAAACUGCUUUGUGAUGAGUUUGGCGGUUGCUGAUUUACUUGUGGGCAUUUUCGUUAUGCCACCGGCAGUAGCCUUGCACGUCAUUGGUUCAUGGAAACUUGGCUGGCUGCUCUGCGAGUUUUGGAUCUCCUUCGAUAUAUUGCUAUGCACGGCGUCUAUUCUUAGUUUAUGUGCCAUUAGCUUAGACAGGUAUCUCGCAGUGACACAACCGUUGACAUAUUCGAAAAAAUGGCGUUGCAAACGAUUGGCAUUCUUAAUGAUUCUUGGAGUUUGGUUACUGGCCUUUGUAAUCACUUGUCCCCCCAUGCUUGGCUGGUAUGAACCGGGUAGGAACCGUCAUCAAAAAGACUUUGUUGACUGUCGGUACAAUCAGAAUAAAGGAUAUGUCGUUUACUCAGCAAUGGGUUCGUUUUUUAUCCCCCUCACUGUCAUGUUGUACGUUUACGUUAGGAUUGGUUAUGUUCUGACAUCACGACGACAGCGGAUUGUACGCGAUGCAAAAUCGGAACGCACGGCUGAUCAUGAUUUAGACGGCGACAACUUUAUCCUGGAAUCUGAACAUUAUCGUUGUAACCCGCACAAAUGUUUACCAUGUUGUGAAGCUCGUUGCAGUGUAAUAAGUACCCAUGUAAAUCCCAUACUAAGCACCAACCACGUUAGAUGCGGUAAAUGCCAGGACACUAAAUUGGGCGAUAAAAGAAUGAAACUCAAACAUCAACCGACAUUCUAUGAACUUAUAGAAUUUUCACGAAUGUCGUCAAACAAUUGUAGAUAUCAUGCAAAAUGUGCGUCCGCUUUGUCUAUACCAGCACUGUAUUACAAAGAAAAUCAAUGUCUGGCUGGCACAUCUUUAGAAACGAUAAAUAAUAACGGGCCCAACAGGUCGUCAACAACAUUACAUCAGUUUCAAAGACAGUUAGCAAGUCAUCGCAUUCCAAUGCGAGUAUCAACAAAAAUCAAAAAUACCAAAACGACUAAAACCCUUACCAUUGUUAUGGGAGGUCUGAUUGCUUGCUGGACGCCAUUUUUUGCUUACUAUUUGUUGAUACCCUUUCUGCCGCAGUUAAAAAAACUCGAAAGUCUUAUGUCAUUUUUUACAUGGGUUGGCUGGCUAAACUGUGCCAUUAAUCCAUUUAUUUAUGCCUUUAAUCCUGAUUUUCGAGCUGCGUUUUGGCGUUUAACAUUUCGGCGAAUCUGCAAGCAGAAACUGGCUCGAAAUCGUAUGAACCUGUUUCGCACCUAAAGCAUUAAGUCCCACAAUAAAAUCAUACAUAUUUGCGUCUAUAUUAAUUGCUUACAAAGUCCAUCAUUUUUAUUUAAAUUAAAACAUAGGUAAGAGCACGUAUAAAAUAAAUAUAUUUAUUUAAAUGCUAAUUUAUUUACUUAUAUUUACUUAUUAACGUAGAUGCAUUUAAUUGAGAUGGAUUAUCCAUUUGAUAAUGAGCCCAGAGCUUGUACAUGCUCUACCCUCAGAUAAGACAGAUAUAGGGCUAAGUUACCAUUCGAAAAUUAAGUAUAUUCAAUUUUGUUAUUUGCUUCUGACUUCUUCAAAAUAGGAUAUCUCCGAAAGCAUACGACAUACAGAAAUUAAAUUACGCAAUUUGAUUAUUUUAUAGAAUACAAAAAAUAUAUCACUGUUCCCUUUAAAAUUAAGAGUGGGUUAUUCAAUGGUGCCCGGCUCCAAGAUUUUUCAUACCCAGAUUGGAGAACAUAUAAGUUUAAUUAUUCAAAUAGGCUAACGGAAGCAUUUCUGGCCCUUAAAAAAAAAUAUGUACAUUUUUGGUUAAAAAGUUGAUCUAUUACUCAAGACUUGUAAA